AUGCCUCCAUUGCCACCUAAAAGGCGGAGUAAAACGAUCAUCGAUGGUACUGCGUCUGCCGCAAGCUUAGCUCCCGCUGCAAAUACCGGUAGAAGUAGCCGAAAUGCAGAUGAGGAAAGGGAACUUCACUUCCUGAAAGUCGCCCGCACUCGAGCCUAUCCAUAUGUGCGGGAUUGGUUUGAGCGAACUAUUGAAGAUAUGGAAGCCAAGACGCAUACGGAGUUUGACGAUGCCCUUACCGCGCUCCAAUGCAUCCAAAUACCGGAGAGUUAUGAGGCCGUUCGGGAUGUUCGUUCGGUUCAGGAAAAGGUGAAAAGCAACCAUCUCGCGAUGAUAGCGCGCGUAUCCUCGAUGAUACGGUGGAUACGGGAUGCCACGAACAUUUGGCUGGAGCAGCGUGCGCAGUUAGUUAAUGCGCACGUGGCGGAGCUUAAGGAGAUGGAAAAGGCCUUGAUCGAGCGCCGUCAGAGAGCAGAGGGGUGGAUGCUGCAUGGUGAGCGGGAGCGCGUCAUGGGCGAAAUCACGCGUUUUCAGGAAAAACGACGGAAGCUUGCCGAGUCGAGUGUUUCAAGCAAAGCGAGGGAGAUGGAAAGGCGGGAGAGAGGGCUUAACCAACUGAAGAAGGGGUUUGAAAGCUGCCUAGAGGAGGUACGAGACGUGAUCGGGUGGUACGCGCUGCAGCCGAAGUGUGGCUCCCAGGCCUCGAAUCGGCGUCUGCAACAGCUCCGGGAGAUCCUCGGGGAGCCUUUCAAGAAAUUCUUGGCAGCUCAAAAGGAUCUUGGAUAUGAAAGCAACACGGAAGUGUCCGGGGAUUUCUUCCGAUUUCCGGUGAAUAAAAAAAAUGAUUCGCCUGACGAUACCGAAGGUGACAAUGAAACUCGACAGCUGAUUUUAAUGGAGCGAAAAAUUCAAAGCGAGUUGGAGAAGCACAUACGUGAGCGUCCGAUAUGGUUGAAGGAAGAAAAAAAGCGUUUUCAGGAGGAAGCCAAGGGUGCUCACAUCUUUACUGUCCGUGCUUCUACGAGCCAGAAGAAAGGGGAGCAUAAAAAAAGGAGCUCUGCGAAGAGCUCUUCCGUUUCGCGUCCGUCGAACUCGACGAGCUCUAGUCGAACCGGCAAGCGGCGGGUUCCUGAUCCGCAUCCAAAAGAAUCCCCCCAAAGCUCCGGUGAAAGCGAUGGGAGUGAGGAUGACGCCGUCGCCGAGAGGAAGAGCGAUGCCGGGGAACGCCGGCGUGGCAGUGAACUCUUCGAAUCGAAAGGAAGCCCCUCCAUCGGGGAGGUGGAGCAGGUCCCCACCGCCCCCCCUAACCCCCCGACGGAUGGGGAGGCCCCGGCCUCGGAGGAGCCCUUCCAAUCCGCCUCCUCCAUGGAUACCGAGCGGGCGAAUCCCAAGGGAGGGCGCUCCAUCGUGAGUGAAUCCGCUCGGUCGAGUAGCCUGGUGGGGGAAAAACGCCAACCCGCGUUGCCCGCGAUCGGCACGCGGAAUUCCCGGCGGGCGUCCGCGUCGGCGACGGCGACGCCCCCCCCUCCAAAGGGGGGCCCCGCCUCCUCGCUGCGCGCGUCGUCGGCCUUCCGCGAAGCGGCCGCCCCCCCCGCCGCGGGGGAAACGGCCCGACGUCCGAGCCCCCCCCCGACCGGAUCGAACCCCCGUGGCGGGAUCCCACGGCCGUCGUUCGUGGAGCUGCCACCGGGCACGAAAGGGCCGAGGCCCGAUUCCGCCGAGGCGGCCCAACACGCCAGCCCGCCCGGCGUCUCCUACGCGGCGAACGCGGAAUCCUUUCCUUCCCUCCCCAGCGAUCCCGUCGUUCAGCUCGCGGACGAUCUCAUAGCGGAGUUUUCGGAGGCCAACACGGUGGUGGCGAAGACCGCGGAGUGCAAUGCGGCGUUGCUUAAGGAGCUCCACGCAUUGCGGGAGGAAACCGAGAGGGUGUUGAAGGAAAACGUCCGGCUUGAGAACGACAAAUCGUUCUUUCUCGACCGUCUUAGCGAAACCAGAGGGGGCAAAGUAAGCAAAGCACCGCCACCGUGCUCGUUGCUCGCCAAGACAUCGAACCUGAAAGAUGGAAAAGACCCUGAGAAAGCGCAGGGGCAGGUCUCAGUUUCGGAUCAGCCAUGCAUUCCCGCCCCGGCACUUGUGAAACCGAUGGCAUUGACGACGACACCCUCAGGAUCUCUUGUCGCGCGAGGUGCCGAGGUAGACGCCCAAGGAAAUAAUGUUUUGAGCGCAUUACUGAACCAACAACAGCUUCUGCAGAAAAAACUAGACGACACGCGCGGCCGCAUCGCAGUGAUGCAACAAAAGGUUCAGGAGAGAGAUGCAUUGCUUAACGCGGUCUUUAGCUACUGGCAGAAAAAUGCUGCCGUUCUCAAACAUGCACACAAUGUCAACAGUGGUCGAAAUUCACCUGCCCUGCAAGCGAAUUCGUCUUCGCUCGCUAAUAUAUCACAGGAUCAGAAACAGCACGCUAUGCCGGGUGAAAGCACACCGAGCAUCGAAUUUUAUGGCUACUCUCUCCCACACGUACGGGAGAAGUUGCCGGAUCUGCGAACGGUUUCCAUGCCUGAAGAGACCCUCCCGGGCGGUGUGGCCUUGUCACCACGAGCCUUGCAGUUGAGCACGAGUAACUCCUAUCACGGCACUUCAGUGCUCCUUUCGCCAGGAAUCCGCUCCAGAACCAAGGAGAGAUUCGAUGAUACUCCCCUGAGAAAAGGCAACUUUCAAACCGAACUAGAAGGUAAAAGUGGCGCUGAGGGAUUGGGAAAUUCAGGGGAGGAGGUCCUCAUAGCCCCGGGCUCCGCUGUGCACAGCUGUAAUCACAUCAGCGUGGAAGAGGGUUUGUCUUUCCCUGAUCUGGGGAAAACUACCUUGUGUUGCAGCAAUGAUUUUUCGACCAUUUUAAAAAGAGCUGAAAGUAGAUCAAGUAUGGGAGAUAUGCUUCCUAAUGACGACUCGAUAGCUAAGGGUAUUUUAGCAUCACUACCAAAGUUUAAUUUCCUGUCGCAAUCGAUGUCGUUUCCACACCAUCUACGCGUGCAGAUGGCGGGCGGGGGUCCGGAAAACGAACCCUGCAAGGCAUCCAAUACGCCGAACAACAGCUUCGAGACCCUUAUCAUGGCUCUGCCUAAUAAUGUGAAUAGCUCGGCGGUCGAGGACAGCUUACGGCUUUUGCAGGACAAACCAAUCGGCCGGGCGCCGUCGGUACAACAAUCGAAUCUCACGUGGAAAAAUUCCGAUAAGUCAAGCAUUUCCUACACCUCUAAAGCAGAUAGUGCCGUGGGAUCGGAUUUCACCCCGCUCUUAGUUUUCAAGCAAAUCUCGGAUCCAUCAGACACGUUCAUACUCCAACGUGGCGACGCAAUCGCAGACUUUAUUUGUAAUCUUUUUAGGGGGAAUUAA